CUGCGACAAGGUGAACUUGAUCUGGCCAUCUGUUUGACUCCAUCCAUAGUCUUCACCAUCACAUUCUCUCUACCAUCUGCGACGUUAUCCAGGACCCCUUCACCCGUCUCUAAUUGUGGGAGGCCACGCCAUCUCUGCCCUUGGUUGGAUUGUUCUCCACGGCGCGCCUCACAUUCUGGGAUCACCACACCCUCGGACCAGUCGUCUGGUCUGAUCGAAGCCAACCAUGGCGGACGUCUCCUCUACGCGGCUCUAUCUGGGCAACCUUCCACGAAAUAGUAUGCUCACCUUCAUUCACUGAUUUCAUUUGGUCUCCCCAGACAAUGCGGCACCAUGGAAGCUCUGCCUGUUGCGCGCAGGCGCACCCGGAUAACACCAGUCGCUGAUUACCUAUCCAGUCACAAAACAAGACAUCGAGGAUCACUUUGGAACUCAUGGCGCUGGCUCCAUCAAAGAGAUCAAACUCAUGAAUGGCUUUGGUUUCAUUGAAUAUGAAGACGCCAUGGAUGCCCGUGAUGUCGUGCCAGCUUUCCACGGAACCGAAUUCAAGGGCGAACGCCUCACUGUCCAAUUUGCACGUGGCCCUCGUCGCAAGGACGACUUUUCUGGUCCACCAGACCGAAACAUCCCUCGACCACGACGCACCAUCUAUCGCAUGCAGAUCACGGGCUUGCAACCAGAUACCAGUUGGCAGGUUAGAUACCCCAAUAUGUCCAUCUCCAGGCUCUUCUCUUUUGGAUCGAAAGCUACCAAGGAUUGGUGAUCUCAUGUUCCCGCCGCAUAAUUUUCACAGAGAUCAUGUUUCCAUCCACGGAGUUAGGCAUUUGGUGAAACGCACCUGCGUUGCAUCUCCCAGGCACCAGCCUUAUGAAACUCAUUCUCGCUUGCUCCAUGAAUAUCCUCUUACUGUUGUACAGGACCUAAAGGACUUCGCCAGGAGCUCGGGCCAACUGGAUGUCGUUUACUCCGAAACUGGUCGCGAACGCGAUGGCAAAGGUUUUGUCGAAUUCGAGACCCAGGCCGACCUCAAAACUGCUGUCGAGAAGUUAGAUGGACAAACCUUCAAAGGUGCGGUGGUUCAUUGUACAGCUGAUAUCCAGGACGAACGUCCCGACCCUCGAAGCUAUCGUCAAAGAUCUCCUCCGCGAGGUCGAUAUCCCAUGGAUGAUUACUAUGACCGACGUGGUCCUCCUCCUCGCGGUUGGAGCCCUCGUGGGUAUCGCGAACGUUCUCCAGGACGUCGACCACCCGUGGAUGACUUUUACGACCGUGGCUACGGUAGACGUACCCCUCCGAGAGACUACCCACCACCACGACGAUAUGACCUGGAUCCAUAUGAUGCUCCGCGAGGACCUCCUCCACCACCAGCUCGAGGCUAUGGUGAUCCUUAUGGACGGAACGGAGAACCAUACCCUCCUCGACCACGCAGCCCACCCCGCGGCGGCUAUGGCUACGGCGGCUACGGUGGCUAUGAUGACCGACGCUACUAGUGAUAGAAGGACUCCGUCUGUGUUGUCCGUGGCAAGUAUGGACUCGUAUGUGGCAACAACUUUCCGACCUGACAAGUCCACCUGAUCUUUGUUUGCCAUGGGGAUUUCUCUAUGUCAAUCACCUUGGGCGACUCUCGCAGUAUCUUCUUUGGGCUAUGUCGGCUUUUUUCGAGUCUUGAUUACGGGAUUCUCCUACCUCGAGGAAUUGGUUCGGCUCGGCUUGUGGUCGCUUUCUGUCUAUGUAAAGCAAUUUUUAAGGGCCUUGGAAUCGGUAAUGCUCCUCGAACGUACACAAACUGAUGAACUGGAAUGGAAAAUGCACAAAUGUUGACAAAUCUGGAUGCCUUGAAUGUGACUUGAGCUUGGAUCGGGAUCUUUCCACGCAUUGCUGGCCACCGAGACUUCUCGUUCUCUUGGAACGGACCAUGGCUCCUCCUCAUAUACCCACCUUCCAUGACACACCCAGCUCUUUCCUAAAGCAACGAUUCCUUCUCUCUUAAUUCAGGUCUUCUUUCUGAGGAUUCGCUGCACGUCUUGACGUCGACGAUCUAGCUCACAUCGCGUUCUAACCUGUAGACAUGGUGUGCCCACUUCCCUCCCUUUUCUACACCUGGCUGGAUUCAAUGUCGCAGCUAUCAUCUGCGGGCGAGCACUUCCUCGUAGUGCCUUGCAGAAACUGCAGCGAUCUGUCGCAUGGGUCGACCGCCAUUCUAUGCAUGUGCUGCUUUUUAGCCUCACUAAACUCCAAGGUAGG